CAUUUUCAGUCAUUCAGUUCUGCAAUUAAAUUUACUAAUAUAUCUCCAAUAUUCACUUAUAAUAAUCCGUGAAAAUAAUUGAAAAGAGUGACUUAAUAAGCCGCAAGUUAUGGGAAAAAUUAAGAAGAUUAAUCCAGUUAAGAAAUCAUCAAAACUUGAGCAAUCCUUUUCAAAAAAGGAUAAAGUGAAAAAGGUUUCGAAAAUAUCCACUCCAAUAUCAAAGAUUAAUAGGAAAGUUAUCAGUAAAAAGGAGAAAUUAAAGAUUAAGAAGCAAAAAGUACUCGAUGGAAUCAAAAGUACUAAGACAAAGUUUGAGGAAGAAAAAGCAAGAAAAAAGCGUGAAAAGACUGCCAUUAUUGGAGAUUUACGUCCACUUUUGGAUUCACUUCCAUCACUCGACGAGUUGAUGACAAUAAGAGAUAAUUCUAAAGCAUCUAGUAUGCAGCACCAAAAGAAUGUUGUACGGAAGCCCAAAAACAGAUUUGAGAAGAAGAAAAUUUUAAUUAACGAAAAGACAGAGAAGUUUUUAGACAGAUUCGAUCACAUGCAAAAACUAUGGAAAGAUCCUGAAUUCCAAAAUAAUCCUAGACAAAUGCUCGCAGAACGUAUUAGACGUAGCCGAAAUGAAAACGAAAUGGAAAAUUAAACUUAUUUUUGAACUGUCAAUUUCUUAUACAAAUAAAUAUAAGCAUCUCUGAAUAUGUAUCUCGAUUUUUCACUUGUUGCUAUAUCCAAGCAUUCAUUUCUAUGUCAAAACGCAGAUAUGAAAUUUAGAUUAAUUUAAAUCAAAUAAAAGAGAAAUGGAAUGAG